AUUUUCCGCGCAUCGACUUGCCGAUUAGCGAUGAGCUACCAGCGCAAAGUAUGCCACAUAUGCACUGCGACGGCACCACCGCACUCGCCGCUCUGCUCCGCGUGCAGCUCUGGCUUGGCUCUGGACGACUCGCCGCUCGUGAUGGAAAGACGACUCAGUGCAACUGCACCGCCCCCUGGUCAUAUCCCGAUGGUUAGGGCGAUUGUGCAAAUGCAGGACCCGGUACCAUCGCAAGUGGAUCUGCCACGUGGUCCUCCAGCAGGGAGCACUGUAGUGCCUAAGAUAAGCCCACAAUCAAGUGCUGAUACACCUGCUACCCCUGCACCGCAAGAUCCAUCGGUGGCAACCGAUACGCCUGACAAGACAAGGGCAAACGACUUGGAAGCUAUCCUCGCCCUCGCGCGAGCAAAGCGCCAGUGGAUCUGCCUUGAUUGCCACGGUUUGCAAGAUUCCGGGGGUAUGAGCUGUUCCGCUUGUGGUGGCGCACUGGCCGCCCCCACUGCCGCGAGCGCAGUUGAGACAAAACCUACGCCACGUCCAGUUGCACCCGCAGCCGACGAUCUGUCCACCUCGAGCUUCCGCCUUGCCACGACUUCCAUCGAAGGGCAUGUUCGCAUGGUGUGCGAAACCUGCUUUUCUACAUCAGCAACUGGCUCCGCGUUUUGCUUGGAUUGUGGUACGGCGUUCCCGGCAAAGUUACCUGGCAGUAAAACGAACUCGGCUCGGCUCGCGACGAAGGUUGCCGUUGCCAGCGACGCCGACGUCCCGACGCUUCAUUGUGCAGCCGGCAACAACUUCGAUUCAAUUCCGUCAGGUGAAAGCGGCUUUACUCAACCAGGCAACAACGUCGAGCCAAAGUGCACGGAGGAUAGCCGUCAUGUCGACGCCGAUGGUGAAAUCAUCCCGACAGACAAAGCGCCUCCAGUGCACGACGCCUCGGCCCCCACAAAGUCCGUCCUGCAUUCCGAAGCGAUUGUGUUUGGCGCGACGAUUACCCUACAUGGAUGCAUUCCAUCCCCCCAGCAAGUCACGAACGAAUCGGGGUCGGCUCCACCGACGACACCCGAGACUACGAUGAGCCUCCCCGUUGACUUUCGUCCAUUGCAGGACGUCGGGCUAGGCAAGUCGAAGGAGCUGGUUCUGGCUCUGUCUCACGACAGCGACCAUUCCUCCGUCGCCCGGUUUGUCAUCCUGCCUCCACCGGGAGACAAGACUGUCCGCAUCGGAAAGACGUCGGUGCAUUUCCUUCAAAAGGUUGUGCUCGCGAUUCUUCCAACCGACGGCACGUCGGAUGAGCCCACGCACUCGUGGAACAACAAGCUCUCCAGGGGGUUGAACGACUUCAUCGGGUCUCGGCCACGAUUCCAGACCGACAAAUCCGGUCCGACCAAGGGCGAGCUUCACGUGAAGUUUGUCCUGGCGAACGCGCCACAGUCCACGCAGAAACUCACCACGGGAAUGACAAACGUCACGAUCCGCAUCGCCGACUCGAACCGGCUACGGACGACUUACUCUGGGCAAGACAUCGGAUACUGUCCGGCCGCCGAAGCCAACGCCCAGGCGCUUUGCUGCGGCCACGAAAAGACUGUGUUUGAGUUUGCGAAGAAGGUGCAUCCGAUGCCAAUCACGUUUCGCGUUGACCGAGUGGUGUCGACCGUGUCGAACCAAGCGACAGUCGCUGUAGCCAGCGAUGUGGCCGUGGAAGGCGCCGCUGCGACAAUCCGCACUAUUCCUGGAACGGUUCCCGACGUCGCGAUGGCAUGUGGGCAUGAUGUCUGCGAGGUUGGCAUGUCGACCGCCCAAGCCAGUCCCCCGCUGACUUGCCCAGACGUGCUCAAAUCUGUCGUUGUCGACUGAGUGCACACCGCUCAAAUGUAUAACGUUAACGGGUUGAAAAUGGCAUGCAUGCGUUGAAAGCAGCAA